AUGACAGGCGCUCCGCCGUACAACGCCCAGUCCCCGACUCAGCAGCAACGCUACCCGUCCUACGAGUCGUCGCCGAGCAAGAACCGCCCCUUCUAUCCGAACAAUGACCAGCCGCAACAACCGGGUCAGCAGCAGUAUCCGCCGCAUCCUCCCCAGACGCCCCCGGCUUUCCCUCCUGCCUCCGUUUCGCGCAGUCCUCGUUUCUCCCACGCGUCCUCCCCGAUGCCCGGCUCGCUUCCGCCACCCGUGAACGGCGCUGCGCCGCCAGCGCACCCGUCCCAUCCAGAGUCAUCGUCGCAGUAUCAAGGCCAUUCGGCCAGCGGCACCUCGUCUCUGCCGCCGCCUCGUCCCUUCUCAAGCUCCAUCUUGCCCGGCAAUGGCGCCUCGCCCUACGGCCCCUCUACGCCGCAUGGACACCCAUCGGGCCGGCCAGAGGGUCACUCGCAGUCACCGGCUCGUGAAUCGGAAUCUCCGUAUCACGUUCGAGGCAACGGGGCCGGGUAUGGGAGCGCUACAGCUCAAGAGCCUCGGCGUUCCCCUCCUCCUAGCGAUUCGCGGACGGAAACUCCAAAAGCAAUGGUGAGUCCCGCUAAAAAACCCAAGUUCACAUUACCUCCAGAUUUUCUGACCCGAUUUCGAAUUUUCAAGCCUGCCCGAGCGGCCGAUCCCAUGUCCUUUGCAAGCAUUCUGUCCGGACCUUCGGAAGACCAGCCCGCACGAAAACCGUCAUCACAGCCAUCCACCCCAGCUGCAUCUGCGCAAACGCCGUCGCAAUCGGACUACCGUAAUCGUGAUGCGGGGCCUACCCCAGGGACAUUUUAUCAUAAAGCCGACAAGAUGCCGCAAGAAAAAACGAUUCAGCGGGAGCCAUUCACUCCCAACGGAAUCGCUCGGUCCGAUCAUGCGGACACCAUCCACCGCGCACCGCAGCGCAAGCCCCUCCCGCCGGGUGUGGAUGCGGAAUCAGUGAAUAAGGCGAUGGCUGAAAUUGAAGCUGGCGAUAAAAGCGACCUGGAGGGACCUGGCUUCGAGGACGAAUUUCAACGUUAUCAAGAAAAGAGUCGCAAGAGAGCUCGAGAGAGCAAUACUGCUGAACGAAUUCGACGCAAGCGCCGCCGCGGUCACUUCCUGGUCGAGCUCGGUCGAGCUUUCGAGAAACAAUCCAUCCUUGGCAACGAGCGUUUCCGAGCAGUCAACGAACCUGCUGUCGUCGCCGAGGUGCAGCAAAAAGAGAUUCAGGACGAGAAAGAGCGCAAGAAGGACAUGCAACGCAAGCGUCGCCGCGAGAACACGGUGCGCUUGGAGAUGCAAAAGAAGGCCGAAGCCGAACGCAAAGCGGACAACGCUGCGGACUCGGCAGAGAAGGCCAAGUUCCUCCGUGAGGCCGAGAGAGCCCACAAGAAAAUCAAGUCCACCAAGCGUGCCCUGGAGGGCGGCAACGCGCAGGACGAGCUGGGCGAGGUCACUCCUCUGGCUCCCAAUCUCGAGGGCGGUACGACCAGUUCCUUCUCCAUUGGCCGCGGUUCCCCGUCCCGCCGUCGCUCUGGACGCGGUGGGCCUACCACUCGCCCCAAGAAGUCCAAGGAACAGAAGCAGGCCGAGAAGGACGCGGCCGAGGCUGCGUAUCUGAACGGCUACGACGACGACUCCAUGUACUACACUCCUGCCCGCAAGGGCGGUCGCUCCAAGGAGAGCACUCCCGUCCAGCUGCACUAUGACAGCAAGGGCUACAACCAAAUCUACGAGCAGAUUUGGCGCGACAUCGCUCGAAAGGACAUCCCCAAGGUCUACCGUAUCAAGACCGUGUCAUUGUCCACCCGCCAGGAGAACCUGCGCAAGACAGCCCAGCUGGCCAGUAAACAGUCCCGCAAAUGGCAGGAGCGGACCAACAAGAGCACCAAGGACACGCAGGCUCGCGCCAAACGUACCAUGCGUGAGAUGAUGUCCUUUUGGAAACGCAACGAACGUGAGGAGCGUGACUUGCGCCGGAUGGCAGAGAGACAGGAGCUGGAGUCGGCCAAAAAGGCCGAAGCCGAGCGCGAAUCGAACCGACAGAAGCGCAAGCUCAACUUCCUUAUUUCCCAGACCGAGCUGUACUCUCACUUCAUUGGUCGAAAGAUCAAGACGGCGGAAGCCGAGGCCGGUGGAGAUGGAGUCACGGGCUCCGACGAGACGAUCCAGCCCGGCAAGGAGGGCGCACACACGGUCAAUAUGCCCAACAGUGUGGCUGAUCUCAAUGCCAAGGUUACCAACUUUGAAGACCUCGACUUUGAUGCGGACGACGAAACGGCUCUCCAGCAGGCCGCCAUGGCCAACGCCCAGAGUGCCGUCCAGCAAGCUCAGGACCGGGCCCGUGCCUUCAACCAAGAGCAGCAGGAUGGUGAUAACAUGGCUGCCUUUGACGAGGGAGAGCUCAACUUCCAGAACCCUACCAGUCUGGGUGAUAUCGAGAUUUCGCAGCCCACCAUGUUGACGGCUAAGUUGAAGGAGUACCAGCUGAAGGGUCUUAAUUGGCUGGUCAACUUGUACGAGCAGGGUAUCAACGGUAUCUUGGCCGAUGAGAUGGGUCUCGGUAAAACCAUCCAGUCCAUCUCCGUCAUGGCCUACCUGGCCGAGUUCCAUAACAUCUGGGGACCGUUCCUGGUUAUCGCGCCCGCUUCGACUUUGCACAACUGGCAGCAGGAAAUUGCCAAGUUCGUGCCGAAUCUCAAGGUCCUGCCGUACUGGGGUAAUGCCAAGGAUCGAAAGAUUCUUCGUAAGUUCUGGGAUCGCAAGCAUAUCACCUACACCCGGGACUCGGAGUUCCAUGUGCUGGUGACAUCAUAUCAACUGGUUGUCCUUGACGCCCAAUACUUCCAGAAGGUCAAGUGGCAGUACAUGAUUCUGGACGAGGCUCAGGCCAUUAAAUCCUCACAGAGUUCUCGAUGGAAGAACCUGCUCGGCUUCUCCUGCCGUAACCGUCUUCUGUUGACCGGUACACCUAUCCAGAACAACAUGCAGGAAUUGUGGGCUUUGCUGCACUUCAUCAUGCCUACUUUGUUCGAUUCUCACGAUGAGUUCAGCGAGUGGUUCUCCAAGGACAUUGAGUCCCACGCUCAGAGUAACACCAAGCUCAACGAGGAUCAGCUGAAGCGUCUACACAUGAUUCUGAAGCCUUUCAUGCUUCGCCGUGUCAAGAAGAAUGUCCAACAGGAGCUUGGCGACAAGGUCGAGAAGGACAUCUUCUGUGACCUGACCUACCGCCAGCGUGCCAUCUAUGCCAAUCUGCGGAACCGAGUCAGUAUCAUCGAUAUUAUCGAGAAAGCUGCCAUCGGAGACGACAGUGAUAGCACUACUUUGAUGAACUUGGUCAUGCAAUUCCGAAAGGUCUGCAAUCAUCCUGAUCUGUUUGAGCGUGCUGAGACCAAGUCUCCCUUCUCCGCCGCAUCAUUUGCGGAGUGCGCCUCUUUCGUUCGUGAGGGAUACUUUGUUGAUAUGCGCUACUCGACCAAAAACUGCAUCGAGUACGAUUUGCCGCGUAUGCUGUGUGGUCCUGAGGCCCGCAUUGAUAUGCCCGGACCUGGUAAUGACCGUGCCGGUUUCCGGGGUAAAUACCUGACUCAUAUGAUGAACAUCUGGACACCGGAGAACAUCCAGAAGAGUUCUCGUGAAAAUGGAGCAUUCUCAUUCUUACGCUUUGUGGAUACGUCUGCUGGGGAGGCUAGCGAGUUGUCUCGUCUUGGUCCCUUCGAGCGUGCCCUUCGCCAGGGCGAUCGACCUAAUCGACUCUCCCGCCUGAAUGUCAGCUACGAUUCUGAUUCCGAGAACGGACCUUUGGGAAACUCGGUGUUGCCGCACUCCAUGUUGAACAUUGUGGACCGCAAUGAUCGACAGGCCCUUCGAGAGAUUGCCAGCGAGGGCCGGAUGCGCAACCUCAUGAACGUCUCUCGCGCUGCAUUCGAGGACCAGGGUCUCAACCUCAUUGAGCCCUCUGCUGUUCCCAAAGCGUCCGCGCCGCCUAUCAUUGUUUCUGCCUCGGGUAUGCAAGCGCGACGCGAAACCGAGCGGGAUUUGUUCAAUGCCAAUAUCCGACAGGCUUUGUACGGUGUUCCCGACCGGCAGGUCGAUGAGCAGAUUCUGGAGAAGAAGAUUGACCCUGAGCCAUACUCUCACCAACCUCUUCUGCCGGCGCCGCUCUCCCUCAAGGGACGCUACACCAACAUCGAGGUCCCCUCCAUGCGUCGCUUCGUUACGGACUCCGGCAAACUGGCCAAGCUGGACGAACUUCUACGCGAACUCAAGCCGGGCGGUCACCGUGUUUUGCUGUACUUCCAGAUGACACGCAUGAUCGACUUGAUGGAAGAGUACCUCACCUACCGCAACUACAAGUACUGCCGACUGGACGGAAGCACCAAGCUCGAAGACCGUCGAGACACAGUCGCCGAUUUCCAAUCAAACCCGGACAUCUUUGUUUUCUUGCUUUCCACCCGUGCCGGUGGUCUGGGUAUCAACCUGACAGCCGCCGACACCGUCAUCUUCUACGACUCGGACUGGAAUCCUACCAUCGAUUCCCAGGCCAUGGACCGUGCUCACCGUCUCGGUCAAACACGCCAAGUCACCGUCUACCGCCUCAUCACCCGCGGCACGAUCGAAGAGCGCAUCCGCAAGCGUGCCCUGCAAAAGGAAGAGGUGCAGCGCGUCGUCAUUACCGGAGGCGCCUCCGGCGGCGUCGACUUCAAUACCCGCGCGCCUCGCGAGAACCGCACCAAGGAUAUCGCGAUGUGGCUGGCCGAUGACGAUGAAGCCGAGCUGCUGGAGAAGAGGGAGCGCGAGGCUAUUGAGCGUGGCGAACAGAUGAAUGCCGCCAAGACCAAGAAGGCUGCUGCGCAAAAGCGGAAGCGUGAUCUUACGCUUGAAGACAUGUAUCAUGAAGGCGAAGGCAACUUCGACGACCAAAGCGCUAAACCCUCCGGCACCGCUACCCCCAUGUCCGAGGAUACCCCCGUCGCCGGAACCCCGGCCAAACGCGGCCGGGGCCGCGGUCCGGGAAAGGGCACCUCUAAGCGGGCGAAGACGAUGAAGGAACGUCUCCGUCUGAUCGACGGGGAUGGCGGUCUCGAUUAG